AUGCGAAGCAAGGAACAGAACAUUCGGAGUAGAUCCGCGAGGCGGCGGCCGGAGAUAUCGCCGCCGGCGAGGAUGCAGUUUGAUGAGAGAAAGGUCAUUUAUUUUUUUCCCGCGGAAUGCGGUUCUAAUCAAGCAAUCCAACUGUUGCACUCUUUCACUUCAACCCUCUCUUCCAAACCAAACCCCUUUUCCCAUUUUCAAAUUCUCUCUCUCAUGUCCGCGGCGUCUCCGCCACCCUCCGCCGCCGCAACUACCACCGGCGUAGGUCUCGGCUACGGCAUUGCUAUCGCCGUCAGCAUCCUCGUCCUCAUCUCCUCCAUCAUGCUAGCCUCCUACGCCUGCGUCCGCAUCAAAUCCAACUCUCGCGGCACCCUCAACAACACUUACUACGACCAAACGGAACCAAAUAACACCAUUCGGGACUCCGCUGGGCCCAGGCCCAUGGUCCUAGGCCUGGAAAAGCCUGUCAUCGAGGCCUACCCGAAGAUCGUGGUCGGCGAGAGCGGGCGUCUCCCCAGACCCGACGAUCGCGGCCUCUGCGAGUACCUUCCCAAGGAGGCAGUACGCUGCGUUCCGAGCUGCCACCACUGUUUCCACGCGGACUCCGUGGACGUGUGGCUGCGGAUGAGUGCCACGUGUCCACUCUGCCGGAACUCACCGUCACCGUCGCCGGCACCAACACCGCUGUCGGAAAUCGUUCCGUUGCCAUUCCACGCCAGGUGA